CGCAGCUCCACUGAAUGAAUGCAUUCUCCCUUCCCCGAGAUGACCAAUAACUUUUCGUCAUUCUGUGGUGCAAGUUGGCCGCGUCAGCCAGGCGCGCCCACUGCUCAGCUCAACCCUGUGUGCACCCAGUAACGGAGUUUAGUUUGGAUGGAUUCACGGAAAGUCUACACAUGUCAAACGGAGUGUUUUACAGCCGAGUGAGACGUCACGGGAGAACGGAGCUUCACGGAUAAGUCAGUCGUUACUUUCAUUUGACGCUGUUAAUAUUCAGACGCAGCAGAAAGAGAGUGUACUUUUUGGUAAGCGAUGCGUUCUGCUAAAAUCUUGAAGAAGUGGGUUACUGGUGGAAUUAAAUGAAUAAAUGAUAUGAUUCAUACUUUGAGGGCUCAAACUAUCCACAUCUGCUGAUCCAAAUGGAUGUUGGUGCCAUGUGCCAGGGUUUCUCAGGACACACCCAGCCCUAACUUCGACACAGGAACUGAACAUUUGGAAGGAGGGACAGGACAGAUAACUGGAUCCUUUUGGAGAACAGACAGGCAUAAUCAUAAAAGGUGUGAGCACAGAGUUGACAUCCUAGCAACAAUGGGUGACUCCGGUGAGGACUAUGUAAACUACACCUAUGAUUAUUACCUGGAGUAUGGCGACUGGGAGGAACUCAAAGUAGACCACAGGCAGACGGACACUAUGCACAUUAUCUCAGUGGUUAUCUACAUCAUUUCCUUUGUGCUUGGGCUGAUUGGAAAUGGAACGGUUAUCUGGGUGACAACGUUUAAAAGCAAAAGGACUGUCAAUAGUGUGUGGUUGCUCAACCUAGCUAUGGCAGACUUUGUAUUUGUGCUUUUUCUACCCCUCUCCAUUGACUACCUAUUGCGAGACUUUCACUGGGACUUUGGUGUGGCCAUGUGUAAGCUUAACUCUUUUGUUUCUGGGAUUAACAUGUAUGCCAGUGUGCUGUUUCUCACAGUGCUCAGUAUAGACAGAUAUGUCUCUAUAGUCCAUCUCAACUGGUCUCAGAGGUAUCGCACUGUACAGAGAGCCUGGUUUACAUGCGGAUGCAUUUGGGCACUAGCUACAGCCCUGAGCUGUCCAGCGCUUAUUUUUCGUGACACUGUGCGCUUACAUGACAAGGUGGUGUGCUUCAACAAUUUCCACACACAGGAUGGAUAUAUAGCAGCCAUGAGACACAUUAUAAUGGUGGCCAUCCGUUCCACCGUGGGCUUCCUUCUGCCCUUUACUGCUAUAUGUGUGACUGGAAUCCUUCUGACAAUCAAAGUGAGACGAUCUGGGGACUCUGUCCACAUGUCUAGCUUCUCCAAAACAGUCACUGCAGUAAUUCUGGCCUUCUUUUUAUGCUGGGCACCUUUUCAUAUUUUUAGCAUGAUGGAGGUAUCUGUACAUACCUCAGGACACCUACACAACAUACUGAAAUCUGGCUUUCCGCUUGCUACUAGCUUAGCCUUUUUUAACAGCUGUCUUAACCCCCUGCUGUACAUGCUCCUGGGCAAAAACGUUCGACAUAUCCUGAAGCGUGCAUGCCUGGACAUAACUAAAUGUUCACUAAGAGAGAUCAGCCAGUCCAUCUCUGCCACUGAGGUGGAGUCUGUGCCAGGACCUUAUCAGGACAGUAUCACAGAGGAGCCUGUGGAGUCAGCAAAUUUAUAACGGCCAUGAUAAACAUGAGGGUGAGAAUGGCUAUUAUUGUAGCGUAAAUGUGGAGGAUUCUUAUAGCUCUUCUUUCCAGCAGUAGUAUUAAGAGUUUCCUCCUUUGUUUCGUUUGGAUAGAAUUAUGUCUACAUCAAUCUACAAUUACACUUGGUGGAAAAGCUGAGGGAACCUGUGCAGGACCUGCACAUGGAGUUAGUAUUUUGCCAUCUGUUUUUCAUUUGCAUAACACAAAUGAUCUAUAAAGAAAGAGGUGAGGUUAAAUUAUACCUGAGACUGUUGAUUAGCAACUAUUCUGAUAAGUAAACUUGUUAAAAUAAAGAUACCAGGCAUUCUGUGGUUCCCGCUUCUCCACUGUGAGGAUUUGCUGCUUCUGUGAUAAUAAACUGAACAUAUCUGUGGUCAGAUAAAACAAUUUGCAGAUGCUACUUUGGGAUAUGGAAAAUAUGAUCAAUAUUUUUCAUUAUUAUUAUGCAUAUCAUACAUUAAGAAGAUAUUUACUCAUUUUUUAUUGUAUUCUUUUGAACCAAGGGCAUUUGCUCAUCAAUGCUUGAUAGGCUAUUUGAUGCUGAUAUCAGAUUGUAUCUAACAUUAAUAUGUAUUUAUACAAUUUAAUGUAUUUUAAGAUUUGUAACUACUUGUAUUAAUGUGUUAUUCUUGUAUAUUCCAAAUAAAAUAGCAUAUAUUUCAAUAAAUUUUUAACU